GCUGCCUCGCGUUCUGCCCUGCACCAUGGCGGCCCACCUGGCCCUCUGCCUGCUGUCCGCGCUGCUGGCCACGGGUGGCUGCCUGAAGUGCGAACGCUGCAGCAGCGCUGACAAGACGUGCUCCGGAGAGCCACAGGACUGCGCUCCCUCCCAGACCGCCUGCCUCAUCCUCACCUCGGAGACCAGAGUCGGGAAGGAGCAGAAACUGGGCACCUACAAGGGCUGCACCGAGAAGAAGUUCUGCCCCCCGCGAUCCUCCAGCCUCAGUUCUGCCUUCGGCCUGCGUGUGCGGAGCGCCGCCAAGUGCUGCCAGCGGGACCUGUGCAACAAGGGGGCCGUGAGGUUGCCACGGGCGCAGCCCAAGCCCAGCGGGCUGCAGUGCCCGGGCUGCGUGUCCGAGGGCACCGAAUGCCAGGCCAAUGAGACCGUGAGCUGCCUGGGCGCCGAGAACCACUGCGUCUAUUUCGCUGGAUCCAUCACAACCGGCACCCGGAAUUACACCUACGCCGUGCGCGGCUGUGCCACGAAAAGCACCUGCGCUAGCAAGGUGGGGGUGUACAAGCUGCCGGGGGUCUUCACCGACAUCGUGAUAACGUCCGAAUGCAGCCCGGCCCCCACCCCCGGCCCCAAGCAGAGCACUUAGCCCCCAGCGCCGCCACCAGGCCCCAGGCCAGCCGCCGCCUGGGGCACACGGAGCCCGGCUGGGGGUCGCUC